GCCGUUCUUAAGGGCGGGGAGCGGUGCCGCCCGGUGGAGCUGCGCCCCGCGGAGCGGAUGGAGCGGCUCGGGGUGUCCCUGGCCCUGUUGGGGCUCGCGUGCUGCUGGGGGGCGGGGGCCGAACGCCACACCGUCUUCUGGAACAGCUCCAACCCCCGGUUCCUCCAGAACGAUUACACGGUGGAGCUGCGCCUCAACGAUUACUUGGACAUCAUCUGCCCACACUAUGAGGAGGGGAGCGCGGACCCCCGCGCCAUGGAGCGUUACACCCUCUACCUGGUGGAGCUCGAGGACUAUCGGAGCUGUAAACCCAGCUCCAAGGAGCAGAUCCGCUGGGAAUGCAACAAACCCAGCGCCCUACACGGCCCCGAGAGGUUCUCCGAGAAGUUCCAGCGCUUCACCCCCUUCUCCUUGGGCAAAGAGUUCAAGGAAGGGCACAGCUACUACUACAUCUCUCAGCCCAUCCACCACCACGGUGAAGCGUGCCUGAAGCUGAAGGUGACGGUGACGGGCAAAGGCACUCAAGCACCGCCUGUCCCUGCAGCCACCCAGAAAGGGAGGAUCCAGGCAGACGAUGCGGCCGCGCACGUGCUGAGGAGUGUGGGGCAGAACUCGGCGAUGAGGGGCAGCAGCCCCAUCACCUUCAUCAGCAUCCUCCUGCCCCUCCUGGUGCCGCAGGGGCUGUGAAAACCACUCGGAUGCGAACCCUAAAACAUCCAGAGCUGAAAGGGACCCACAAAGAUCAUCGAGUCCAACUCCUCUCCCUGAAUAUAUGGACCAAAGCUGUGGCCGCGGGCGAUGGAGUGGGGAUGUUCGGAACCGCCGUGGUCUUUGUGUCCUCACCGGGGUGACCUGCAUACAACGGGGAGCGGAAAGGCUUUGUCGAACUGAGCAAGGAAAGGAUUUGUCAGUAUUACAAGAGGGCCCGAAGCGAAGCUGAGCAGCCGAAACCCUCAGUCUGCCUCAGUUUCCCCCAGCGCUUGUGGGCAAGAUGUUCUCCGGGCAGGAUGCUCGAGUCUGGAGCUAAAACUGAGCAUCAGCCCUGGACUGGAGGGAAGUGGGGGGCUGGUACCCCCACCCCAAGAGCUGGGCUCGCCCCUUGGGUCUCUCCAGGCUCAGCUGUGAUUGUCCUGCAGGUGAGGAUGUGGCCAGUGGCCCCGUGGCCAGUGCUGGCCGUGGCAGCGGUCCCUUGGUGCCACCAGCUCUGGGAGCAUGGACUGGAGAUGCCUGAGCCAGCAGAGCUGCAGGAAACAACCCCCCUUCCCCAUCCUCAUCCCACUACACCUGGGGGUGACGGGACCUGCUCCCCCUUUUCCCCUCCUUCAUCCCAUCACACACUGGGGUGACGGGACCUGCUCCCCCUUUUCCCCUCCUUCAUCCCAUCAUACCUGGGGGUGAUGGGAGCUGCUCCCUCUUUUCCCAUCCUCAUCCCACCUCGCAUGGAGGUGAUGGGAGAUGUUCCUCUUUCCCAUCCUUCAUCCCAUCACACAUGGGGGUGAUGGAGCUGCUCCCCUUUCCCAUCCUUCAUCCCUUCCUACAUGGGGGUGAUGGAGCUGCUCCCCUUUCCCAUCCUUCAUCCCUUCCUACAUGGGGGUGAUGGAGCUGCUCCCCUUUCCCAUCCUUCAUCCCUUCCUACAUGGGGGUGAUGGAGCUGCUCCCCUUUCCCUUCCUUCAUCCCCUCCUACGUGGAGGUGAUGGGAGUUGCUCCCCUUUCCCAUCCUUCAUCACAACUGGGGGUGACGGAGCUGCUCCCCUUUCCCUUCCUUCAUCACAACUGGGGGUGACGGGACCUGCUUCCCUCUUUCCCCAUCCUUCAUUCCACUGCCAAGGGGGGUGACGGGACCUGCUCCCCUUUCCCCAUCCUUCAUCCCAUCACACAUUGGGGUGAUGGGAGCUGCUCCCUCUUUUCCCAUCCUCAUCCCACCUCACAUGGAGGUGAUGGGAGAUGUUCCUCUUUCCCAUCCUUCAUCCCAUCACACAUGGGGGUGAUGGAGCUGCUCCCCUUUCCCAUCCUUCAUCCCUUCCUACAUGGGGGUGAUGGAGCUGCUCCCCUUUCCCAUCCUUCAUCCCUUCCUACAUGGGGGUGAUGGAGCUGCUCCCCUUUCCCAUCCUUCAUCCCCUCCUACAUGGGGGUGAUGGAGCUGCUCCCCUUUCCCAUCCUUCAUCACAACUGGGGGUGACGGGACCUGCUCCCCCCUUUCCCCAUCCUUCAUUCCACUGCCAAGGGGGGGGUGACGGGACCUGCUCCCCCUUUCUCCUUCUUUAUCCCUCCACACAUGGGGGUGAUGGAGCCGCUCCUUUGGAUGCCCCCCCCCCACCCCCCCCCCCCUCG